AUGAGGAGGAAGCGAACCCGCGCUGCUUGCCCUCGUACCGCUCGCCGCCGUACACUAGAUGCGCUGAUGGAGACGCAGAAUGGCUUGAAGCAGUACUCUGACAAGACGCGAAGGUACUUCGACCUGCUCGACCCGCCCGCUCCCUCGCCAGACCCGCCCUCGACGCGACUCUCUCAACUUCGCAAGCUUAUCUUGCUAGAGGGCUUGCCGCAGGGAGACGAAGGCGUCGAGGUCAGGCCUCUCGUCUGGAAGCUGCUUCUUCAGCUGCACGAGCUCCCUGCUGGCUAUGGCGGGGAUCUGCAUCCUCUACUCGACUGCGACGGCUACCAGGACCUGAUCUCCCGCGACCCGUCGCCCAUGUUCUCCAAGAUCCGCAACGACACGUUCCGGACUCUUGCAACCGACAAAGAGUUCAUGGAGAAGGUCGGGGAGGAGAAGCUCGUCCGGUGUCUCGAGGCUUUCGUUUGGCGGCAACUAGAUAACGCUGAGCAUGUCGAGCACGAUGCGGGCGAGCCGCAAGUACCCUACGUCCAAGGCCAGAACGUCCUCGCCGCGCCAUUCCUCUACGUCUUGCCCUCGCAACUCGAGGCUUUCGCUUGCUUCACGACCUUCAUCGAAACGCAAGUCCCGCGAUAUGUCCAGCCCACGCUUGUAGGCGUGCACGACGGCCUUCAGCUCGUCGACCUCUGCCUUGAAGCGAUCGACCCAGUUCUCUUCAAGCACCUUCUCUCUUUCAAUCUUAGCGCCGAGAUCUACGCCUUCCCCUCGAUCCUGACAUUCUGCGCCGCGACUCCACCUCUCCGCGAAGUCCUCGAACUGUGGGACUUCUUGCUCGCCUGGGGCGUCGGCUUGAACGUCUUGUGUGUCGUGGCCCAGCUGUAUGUCAUGCGGGAUGACUUGAUGCAGAGCAAGGCGCCCAUGAAGAUGCUCCGAACGUUCCCGCCGCUCAAGAGCAGCGAAAUCAUCCCACUCGUCGUCCAGUUCAUCGGAACUCUUCGCGCCGACCUCUACGACGCGAUUGUCCGCCAUCCUUGGGACGCUACCCUUCGCCUGCCUGAUCACUGA